GGGAGGCGCGGGCGGCGCGAAGUUCCCGGCCUGCGCCCCGCGGGUCCGCGUGCUGGCGGCCGGGCGGGAGGAGCGAGCGGGAUCGGGGCUGAAACCCGAAACCUCGGGUCCCGCGCGGCCGGGAGGAAGGAAGCGGCGGCGGCCAGGCGGGCGGUGGCCGGUCGGGCCCUGCGCUGCCGCGGCGGCGACCCCUCGUCAUCCAGCAUGCUGCGCCCACCCCGCGCCCAGGCGCACUGACCAUGAGCCUCAACUCCUCUCUGGGCCACUGGAAGGAGCUGAGCAACCGCACGGGGGCGGCGGCUGGUGAAGGGGGUGCCAUCGUCACCGAGUUCAUCGCCAUCGUGGUCAUCACCAUUUUCGUCUGCCUGGGCAACCUGGUCAUCGUGGUCACCUUGUACAAGAAGUCCUACCUCCUCACCCUCAGCAACAAGUUCGUCUUCAGCCUGACGCUGUCCAACUUCCUGCUGUCCGUGCUGGUGCUGCCCUUCGUGGUGACCAGCUCCAUUCGGCGGGAAUGGAUCUUCGGGGUGGUCUGGUGCAACUUCUCCGCCCUCCUGUACCUGCUCAUCAGCUCGGCCAGCAUGCUCACCCUCGGGGUCAUUGCCAUCGACCGCUACUACGCUGUCCUGUACCCCAUGGUGUACCCCAUGAAGAUUACGGGGAACCGAGCCGUGACGGCUCUUGUCUACAUCUGGCUCCACUCGCUCAUCGGCUGCCUGCCGCCUCUCUUUGGUUGGUCCUCCGUGGAGUUUGACGAGUUCAAGUGGAUGUGCGUGGCGGCGUGGCACCGGGAGCCCGGCUACACGGCCUUCUGGCAGAUCUGGUGCGCCCUGUUCCCCUUCCUGGUCAUGCUCGUGUGCUACGGCUUCAUCUUCCGCGUGGCCAGGGUCAAGGCCCGCAAGGUGCACUGUGGCACGGUGGUCCUGGGGCAGGAGGACGCCCAGGGGACCGGGCGAAAGAACUCCAGCACCUCCACCUCCUCCUCGGGCAGUCGGAGGAACGCCUUCCAGGGCGUCGUCUACUCCGCCAACCAGUGCAAAGCCCUCAUCACCAUCCUGGUGGUGCUGGGCGCCUUCAUGGUCACCUGGGGCCCCUACAUGGUGGUCAUCACCUGCGAGGCCCUCUGGGGCAAGAACUGCGUCUCCCCGAGCCUGGAGACCUGGGCCACGUGGCUGAGCUUCUCCAGCGCCGUCUGCCACCCCCUCAUUUACGGACUCUGGAACAAGACGGUGCGCAGGGAGCUGCUGGGCAUGUGCUUCGGAGACCGGUAUUACCGGGAGCCCUUCGUCCAGCGGCAGAGGACGUCCAGGCUCUUCAGCAUUUCCAACAGGAUCACAGACCUGGGCCUGUCCCCACACCUCACGGCGCUCAUGGCAGGCGGACAGCCCCUGGGGCACAGCAGCAGCACGGGGGACACGGGCUUCAGCUGCUCCCAGGACUCAGGGACGGACGUGAUGCUGCUUGAAGACUACACGUCCGAUGACCAGCCGCCCCUCCACUCCACUUGCCCACCCAAGAGGAGGAGCUCGGUGACGUUCGAGGAUGAAGUAGAAAAGAUCAAAGAAGCUGCCAAGAACCCCAUCCUCCACGUGAAGGCCGACGUGCACACCUCCUUGGACAGUUACGCAGACAGCCUGGCCAAAGCCAUCGAGGCGGAAGCCAAAAUCAACCUAUUUGGGGAGGAGGCCUUGCCUGGGGUCUUGAUGGUGGCGCGGACCAUCCCAGGGGCCGGCUUUGGGGGCAGCGGAGGCACCCGAGCCCCCGGGAGCCAGAGGCUCCCGCUGCAGAGCAUCGAGGAGGGGAGCGUUCCAGCUGCGGAACAGAAAUGAGGGCCGCGGGCUGGCCUGGGCCCCAGGUGGAGGCCCACAGCCCACCGAGCCGGGGCCCUGGGGACUCGGGCAGGAACGGCAUCUGGGGUGCAGCCACCAGAACAAACACCGAGAACUGCGCCCAGGCCAGGAACUCCGUGUCUGUGAGCCCACCCGUGGGCUCUCCUAGAUCCCAGUGAUGGGACCAGACGCAUCAAAAGCACAAAGCAGAGAAAAUGGAGGUGUGGCUUGGCUUUCUGGGUGGUGGGGCACCGGUGGGGCCUACAGACCAGCUGGGGGAACCCCAGGGCAGGUCACGUUCUUUUGUUCACAUCUGCUACUCACUGUCCCCCCGAGAGGCUCAGGAGGGGGGCUCUUCCAGUGCACUGGGGCGGAGGGCACCCCAGGUUUCUGCAAGGUAGAAGCAGGCCAUGUGGGGUCCCUAGAGAAGCCAAGAGCAGGGCCCCCACGCAGUUCCAGGCCUCCGUGCUGGUUAUGACCUGGCAUCGGUGGAGCCACCUGCUAGUGCUCCCGGGGGCAGCCCAGGCCACCUCCCUCUUCACUGAUUCUUUGCUGUUUCGAAAGAAGGGAGAGAGAAGCCACUAUAACAGACAGGAGGAAGGAGCGGAAGGCAGAUGCUUCAUUUCCAAGAAUGAAACUGUUCGCUAGGACACGCCUGGAUGGCCGUGGUGCCUAACAGCAGGGGAGACACUGUUGUCGCUGGAGGAACUCCCUUCACGGAGGACUCCGGACUCCAGUGUAAAGUUUGAUGGACAGGAGAUAAGGCAGAAUAGAAACCACGCGGCCGGCCGGCCAGAGCCAGCACCUGCACGCCCGCCCAGCUCCACCUCCUCUUCCUCUCGUCACCUGCGCUUCCUAGCACCAUUCUGUGCAGCCCGGGAGAUGGGAUGAGGGAGUGGGCCGUCAGAGUGAAUGGUCUCCAAGAUCAUUUCCAGCUGCGAUCUCUGAUGUUCACUGUAAGGUAGAGAUAGGAAAAGAAAAGGGACCCACGGGCCUAUGUUGGCACAGCUUCUUCGUGACUGUGGACAGAGACUGCAGGCCCGGGUGUGCGGGCUCCCCGGCUUGUCUGCUCAGAAUUCGGCCUGCAAGGGGCCAGCGUGGAGGAGAGACGCCUCCCGGGGGGCAGUGGGUUCACGUGGUUACACCUCACCCCAACCCUUGGAGCUGGUCCUCAGUCUGCAGUUUGCAAAGACCUUUGCCGAGACCUGGGAGCGUGCACCUUCGUGGCGAUUAGCUUAAGGCCAGCUGUCGGUUCUGGUGGGAGGGAAGGAGCAGAGGCAUCUUCACCUGCGGGUUCUGCUAAGGAGACGGGCAAGUCCGGCUGCUCUCACUCCGUGGCAUUCCUCAGAGCGCUUUACUCUCUUUUCUCUAAUCUCCCUAGCACUUGUUGGUUGUAAAGGACCAUAUUCCUGACCACCGGCCUGCACAAAGGUGGAGCAGGGCGACCACCUUCACCGCUUCGUUGGCGUGACCUAGGGCUCGCUGGUGAGGCCUUUCUGAUGCAGCACAUCUGGCUGGGAAGCCGGGGGUUGGAGUGCGUGUCCCUGGGCUGCACUGGGCGGGCUCGAGGGAGAGUCCUGAGACCCCCAGGUCCGCACUGGCUGGUCGCAGACUAGCUGGGAUUUACUAGGAUUGAAUCUAAACUUAUCUGGAAAUGCCACAUGUCACAGAAGGACUCACUGUUUCCUUUUUUUCUACUGAGGCCCAUUCAUUUAUUCAUCUCCAGGCCCCGCACGUCACCUGUGCAGAGCACCGAGCUCGGCCCGUGAGCAAUGGCAUGAACGUGUUUACACACGCAUUUAGGGACGGACCUGGGGGAUACGGAUGCUGGUAGACAGCAAAGCCGAGUAAUGAUUGUAGAGGGAACUGUGAGCUCCGGGGGAGGUGACUGUUCCAUGUAGCUCUGUGGAGGCGGCAGUGUGAGCCAAGCCUCGGAGGGUAUCUGGCAGCUAGAACCAUAUUUUGCAUAAUCGAGAAUUCGGUUGCCGAUGAAGCCUGGGAGAAGGAGGACGGGAGCAGGGAGCAGGGAGCGGGGUGGGUGGAGAGGGGUGGGAAGGCCCCUCCGUUCUGCAGCUCCCGAGAGGCGUUUCUGAGGACCCUGCCCUUAGUGCAGGUUGGAACCAGGCCCAUCGCUUCAUACCUCUGUGCAGUGGCUACAUGGACAGUGGCAGGUGGGACUGUUGGCCACUUGUCCACAACCUCUGUCCUGCGCCUCUGGUUUUGACAGGACCGAGUUUAGGGCUGUUGCCAUCUCUGCUCCUUUCAUUGCGAUCGCCACUUGAUGGUCCCUCUCCUGUGCCCGCCCAGAUUCCAGGCUUGGGGCUGUUAUGACCCAGAGGCACUGGGAUCCCCACCCCCCAGCACUGGGCUUCCUGGCCUGGGAAGACUGGAGUUCAGCACCUUAGCCACCAGGUGGCAGCAGUGGGGAGCGCUAAGGAAACACUUGAAAGCUUGCCUCAGCAGAGCUCUGGCUUUGAACUUGUCUCCACCUUGGUCCUCAGCCUUGGAAGGACCACCCAGCUUGCUCACACGUGUGACCCCUUUUGGGGCGGCAGGUUCUGCUCCUGCUCAGCUAUGAGAUCUUAAGCAACUGCCAAGAGGCAGGGCUGAGGACCAAGACCAGGGCCACCUGGUGCUAACGCGUUUUUCUCAUCUCAGGAGCUGCUGUGGCUUCUGUCCACCUGAGCGACCAGUGAGACUAAUCAGUAUUUGCAGUCGGCCAGGGAGCGGGGGCGGAGGGGGUGGCAGGAGGGAAGAAGCGUGCUCCGUGCAGCAAGAGAUCUUAGCCUGUUAGGGUUUGCUGAGACACCUGCACAUGAGGCGUGUGUCUGGACGGAGCCCAGGAUACUCUGGUGUCCAGCUCUGGCCCCACUGUCCUGUCUGGGAGGAACUGAGGGUGCGUGGCUAUGAGGGCAAGCCUAGAACUGGCAGGUGCUGAGCGCCUACUGUGUGCCUGACGGUGGAGAAUUCUGUGCCUGUUGUGCGGCUUCUGUUAGACCCCUGAGGGCUCUCAUUCCAUGUCCGUGUCCAUGCACGUGAGCUACACAGGAACAGUGCGGACUUGGCUGAGUUCUGGGUUCGGACCCACGCGGCUGCUGAGUAGUUGGGUGUUGUUGGGCCAGUUCAGUUUUCUGCAUCGGUUUUCUCAUCUGUGAGGUUUCAUAACCCGUUUCUUGUGGGGACGUAGAAUGCAGGCCCCCCCACGGGAGGUUACGUGGAUUAAAGCUCCCGGCACCACAUGUGGGACACAGUGGUGCUGAGCCACUGGGGUCUUGUCCAUGACUAGGCGAGUGUCCUAUUCUUGUCUCAUAGGGACCCCUCCAGAGCUGUUAUCCUAGGUCAGAGGUGUUGAGGCUUCUGCAGUGGGAAUGGUCCUGUUUGCUGAGCAGCACAAGACCGGGGAUGAAAGGGAAGUGGUGAGGAAGGGGAGCGCGAGAGGAGGGGGGAGGUGUCUGCCGUUGGGAGCUGCAGAGGUCUGAGGAGCACAGUGUCUGUCCAAGGUGAUGGCCUGGGGCCUGGUGCAGACCCCGUGCCACGGCACCAGCUCAACCUCCCGGCCCAGAAGAGACACCCGGAGGAGACGCGGCCUGGGCCCUGCGGCCAGCUCCGUCCCGCGGGACAGUGACUGCGUGGCGGUGGCUCUUGGGUUCAGAGUCUCCCAUCUCCACCCUGAGGAAGUCAGUGCAGGGACAGGAGUCCAUGCUGCUACCCAGCGCAUGCAGAACCCCAAGGUGAACCCUGGGGGACCGGAGGAAAAUCACCGUUUUCACCUGAAGCAAAGGUAAAUGGCUGAGUCGUAAAUGGACAAGAGGCGGCGGAGUGGACGCUCCUGGGUUGGGGACAGACACAGAACCCAGGGGGACCGAGGAAGUGAAGUGUCCAUGGUCUCGAGGUGCAGGACACCAGCGUCAGGGCCCAGUGCCGGGUCUUGGCCACGUGACUGAGGAAGGAGUCAGCUGUGCAGGUCGAGGACGAGGGACAGUGAAGUCAUUACCAGGAGGCAGGCCGGCGGGCUUUCUGUGGAGGAAGAGCUGGUAACAGUGAGUGCCUGGAGGCUGAACACCUGCUGGCCGGGCCUGCAGAAACCACAGACGCAGGGGACAUGGUUGGAUUCCCCGGAAGGAUUCGUAGCACAGACGCACCCGCCUGCAGGCCAGCAGGGGCACCAUUUUGCUCCGCGUUAUUUUAGGACCCAACACAGAGCUGUUCCUUCCCCCAGGAAGCUGCUCCUGAGCAGUAGUAACAGCUUAGGAACUCCAGGCCACUUGCUGUUCCUUUUGACACCACCAUUUUGCAAUGUCACCAAUCACAGGCCAGUCGGCCCCUCCCGGGGCAAGGACCCUCCUGGGGCCCGGGCAGGCAGGGCCACCCCAGGGCAGUGGGAGGAGCCGCUGGCGUGGGCGCAGGGGUCCAGCUGUGGACCUGCGGGGGGGAGUCCUGGUCUGUGUUCUGGCGAUGGAACCCUGGAUGCAAACGUGGUUAAAAACCAACCUUCAAACAAAACAAGGACAAGCUAGUCCGGAAAUACAUUUCACUUGAAAUGUUUGUUUUGUUUUUUUAAAACAAGACAAUGUUUAGGGUUAUUAUAAAUCAGUAUUUAUAAACAAGUAAAAGUGCAUUUAGCAUAGCUGUGUUCACCUGAUGAAAUGUUUUUGGCACAUUGUGAAUUUGUACUUGGACUUGUGGACUGUGGGUUUUGGGUGUUCCCCCUUUACCCCAUAUCCCCGUUUCCCACAGCCCCUUCCCCCUUCCCAAGGGCUAAAAAGAGGAAGGAGACUGAGCAGGAAGGACCGACUAUUGCAGAUUUGGGGGUGGGGGGAGGAUGGGUGUGAUCCAUACCAGUCACCUGGGGUACAUCCGUCCAUGUGCUUUCAAAAUACCAAGACAGUGAGAUUCAUGGAAUAUUGUCCAAUACAGAAUACUCCUAACCCAGACAUUAUAGCGGCUCUCCACAUGUUCAUCCCAUAACCAAGUUCAAGGGGGUGUGGUGAUCAUCAGUGACUGGAAGCCACCUCAGGGCAUAAAACCCAGCACCUCCCCCUGAGCCCUCACUGGCCACAACUGAAGGCAGUUCCUUUUGCUGAGUGUGUGGGGGAGCUCCGGGUCCAGCUGCCUAACGUCCUGCCCCCAGCAUGCAUUGCGCCAUGGCCGGGACCUAUUAACUCUGCCCGGAACAUGUCCUCUUUCUGCCCCUGGACUGUGGUCUGGUCCGCCCCGUGCCUAUGUAACACCAAACUCUACAAAAUCACCUCAAGUAGGAGAACUAAUUCCUUUGACAAAUACCAUUAAAAAAUAAUAGCCCAGCCAUUGUGGCUCAGUGGUUGAGUGUCGACCUCUGAACCAGGUGGUCAUGGUUCGAUUCCCACUCAAGCCACAUGCCCAAGGUUGUGAGCUCGAU